CGGAAGUAUUUGCCUUUCUUAUUUUGCCACUGAAACUUCUACUUCGCCUCUUCUCGCACAAACCGCCAUAGAAUUUGUCGUCGUUAUCUUCUCUUGGCUUCUUUGCGUUUCUAUUUUGCCUCCGCGUGCCUCUUUCUUCUUAUCUCAGUUUGCUCCCAAUUUGAUCAGGAAAGUCUUCCAUGUCUCUAAGCCCCUUCCAGUCGUUCCAUUUUCUUUCUUGCAAAUUAAUCCACCGACUAUUUCAUUUUCUUUCUUCCAGACUAGAAAGAUGAUGAAGACAGCAGAUGCGUCGCUGCUGCUGGUGGUCAGCGACGGCGUCACCGGAGUGCACGAAUGGCACCAAAGCUUCACCGGACUACCAGUGCUAUAUAAUCGUCUUUCCACUGUGUGUUGACUUUAUUCAAUACCGCCCAAUAGUGAUGAUGAUAUUCCAAUAAGUUUGUGGAAAUUGAAAGUGUUCUCCGUUCCGUUGCCUUCCAAAUUCUGAUCUCCAUAUGUGGUUAGAAAACCGCUAUCAAAAAUGGCUGGAAAAAGAUGUUUACAUUGCUGUUGGGAUGUCGUCCUCAAUUACAGCUAUUCCAGACACACACACCAUACCUAUAUGCUGCUUUCACUUCAUUUCCAAAAAACAAAUUCCAGAGUAUGUGGAUCAACAUGCAGUGGUGAUGCCAUUGCAAAUAAGUUUGUGGAAAGAAUGUACCAACAUACCUUCAAAGUUCGAUCGUGUUUCUCUUGAAAAUGCUCCUGCUCCUGCUGUUGUUGCUAUAAGCAGUGUAAAAAUCUCGAAUUAUCCCGGGUCAUUAAGACUUGGCACAAGCAGCGCAAGUCACUUGUACAUCAACCCACCAAUUCCGGAAACAACAAUUCUUAUAGACAGUUAUGGAACUUUUCAACAGUCACCAGUCAACUUUGAUUCCCCAACACUAUUAUCAUAUAUAUUACAGAAAACUUAUUCAGAUCUUUCGAGGACAAAAUAUUCACUGCAGAGACGGAGAAUAAGAACGCAGCAGCAGACACGAUUAGGAUUUUGA